UCUCCUCACCUUUUCUUCUAUAAAAUCCCCUUUAUUUCAUACCCUUUGCUCUCCAAAUUACACCUCACAAUAAUGCUUCCUCUUCUUCUUUUAUUUGGUCUCCUCCUCCUCCUCCUCCUCUGCCUCCAAUGGCGCCACCCCAACCACCACCUCCUCCCCCCUGGCUCCAUGGGCUGGCCUUACACAGGCGAAACCUUCAAACUCUACACCCAAAACCCCAACUCCUUCUUCUCCAUUAGGCAAAAAAGAUAUGGGGAUGUGUUUAAGACACACAUAUUGGGGUGUCCAUGUGUGAUGAUUUCAAGCCCUGAGGCUGCCAGAGUUGUGCUUGUGAGUAAGGCUCAUCUCUUCAAGCCAACCUACCCACCAAGCAAAGAGAAAAUGAUUGGCCCUCAAGCUUUGUUCUUCCACCAAGGCCCUUACCAUUCUCGCCUCAAGAAGCUCAUCCAAGCCUCCUUUUUGCCCUCUGCAAUCAAACCCUCUGUCUCUCAAAUUGAGAACAUCGUGCUUCGCCUUUUACCCUCUUGGGAUAACUCCCAAAUCAAUACCUUACAACAAUUGAAAAGGUUUGCUUUUGAUGUGGCGAUGAUCUCCGCUUUUGGUGACCAACAAGACUUGGAAAUUGAGAGAAUUAAACAUCUGUACCAAUGCCUUGAAAAAGGCUAUAAUUCUAUGCCUCUUGAUCUUCCCGGAACGCCUUUUCGUAAAGCAAUGAAGGCGAGGAAGUUGCUGAGUGAGACAUUGGGGAAAUUGAUUGAGAAAAGACAGCGGAGCAAUGAGUAUGGCGGUGGGUUGCUGGCGGUGCUUUUAGGCGGCGACGGCGACGGCGACAAAGUGGAGAAAAAUAAGCUGAGUAAUUCACAAAUUGCUGAUAACAUAAUAGGAGUGAUCUUUGCAGCUCAAGACACGACAGCCAGUGUUCUAACAUGGAUUCUCAAGUACUUACAUGAUGAUCACCAUCUUCUUGAAGCUGUUAAGAAGGAGCAGGACGCCAUAUUUGAGGAGAGGGUGAGGGAAGGGGGGCGUGGGCUUACAUGGGAUGACACGAGGCGCAUGGCAUUGACAAGUCGGGUGAUCCAAGAAACCCUAAGAACAGCAAGUGUUCUGUCGUUCACGUUCAGAGAGGCAGUGGAAGAGGUGGAGUUCGAAGGUUAUUUAAUCCCAAGAGGAUGGAAAGUUCUUCCGCUGUUCAGAACCAUUCAUCACUCUGCACAUUUCUUCCCACACCCCGAGAAGUUUGAUCCUUCAAGAUUCGAGGUGCCACCCCGACCAAACACGUACAUGCCAUUUGGAAAUGGAGUGCACUCAUGUCCCGGCAGCGAGAUGGCUAAGCUUGAAAUCCUCAUUCUUCUCCACCACCUCAUCACCGGUUACAGAUGGAAAGUGGUGGGAGAGGAAUCUGGGAUACAAUACGGUCCAUUUCCUGUACCUAAAGGUGGCUUACCCAUUAAAGUAUUUUCAAGGAAGAACAAGAUUACUUCUUUGAAUUGAUGCGGAUUCUCAACGACAAAUUGGAGCUGAACUUCAAGUCCUUUUUCAUCUGUAACACCAUUUUCCAAUUGUCAAUGGAAAUCCUUUUGCAUUACUUUCUGUACUGCCUUUUUUGUCUGGUUUGCCAUAAUUGUCGAAGCAGUUAUGUUCAUUGAGUCUCAAACUUCAAUUUGUUUAUAUUCAAAGAGGAAAAAGAAAGAGAGAAAAAAGAAAAACCUCAUCUGAUAUGUGAAUGUGAGAGAAAGUUUCGAGGGCUUUGAGGAUGAAAUGUGAGUGGUCAGAUUCAUGGAUAAGGUUGCUUUCAUUUUGGCUGAUGGAUGGAUUUCUGAAUCCCCACUGGGAGGCCCCCUCUGUGAAGUGUGAAAGGACAAGGACAAGCUUGGCCUCGCUGGAAUCAGACCCACGAGGUAAUAAUAAUCAGACCCAAAUGGUGUGUGGGUUUGAGACAUAUAACAUCAGUACGUUGUGCACCCUAGAAUUCCACGUUAUGCUGUGUCAGGACACCAAAAUUGCAGCCCUACGUGGAUCGUUAACCAUGACCAAUUCAUCUCAACACUGGAGGGAUUUUGGAAGUUCAGUCUUUAUGUCAUUUGUAUUUGAGAUGAGGGAGACAAUAUUUGUUCAUGAGCUUGUUCUUAUUCUGUUAAGCUUCUUUUUUCUAUUACAUUUCCCUCUAAACCCAUUUCUGUUCAUUUGUAACAUUAAACCAUAUUGCAAUAACACUAGCACAAGUAGUAUGCUUUGCUUU